AUGAGAGCGGCUUACAUCGCCGAAUACAACAAGCCUUAUGCCCUGGGUGAGCGGCCACUGCCUUGGGUCAGAGAUACGGAUGUUCUUGUGCGUAUCCACGCAGCCGGCUUCUGCCAUUCGGACUUGCAAGCCCUACAGGGUGAAUUCACAAAACCGUCACCAAUCGGCCUUAUUCCCUCUCAUGAGAUAGCCGGUAUCGUUGCCCAAGUCGGGGACAAUUACAAAGGCGAUCUCUGCCAAGGAGACAGAGUUGGCGUGCUGAACUUCAAGCAUGCUUGUAAUGCUUGUGUGGGUUGCAAAUUGAGGAACCGAACAGGUGCUGGCCUGGACCCGCGGUUUUGCGAUGUUCGCGAGACUGCUGGGUUUCUGCACGACGGGGGUUUUGCAGAUUACGCCUCCGCAGACCCGGAUACAACGAUCAAGCUUCCAGAGUCCAUUCCCUUUGAGCAAGCCGCCCCUCUGAUGUGUGCUGGUGCUACGGUUUGGGGGUCCCUCGAGGAAGCGACGUCUGGACUUCGUCAGGGAGAAGUUGUCGCCAUUAUAGGCAUAGGAGGCCUCGGACAUCUCGGUCUACAGUUUGCCAAAUCACUAGGUUUCCGGACUAUUGCCGUCGAGUUAAGGGAGGCAGGGAGACAGUUGGCAAUGGAUAUAGAUAACGCUGAGCUCAGACCAGAUCUGGUGGUGGACUCUUCAGAUACGGAUUUUGCCGCCAAGGCCAUCUAUGACUUUACGCAUGGCGAGGGCGUCGCAGCAGCGAUCGUCUGCACAUCCUCCGUUCAAGCCAACCGGUGGGCAUUAACCACCCUUAGAGUUGGAGGCACCCUAGGGUUAUUGGGGCUACCCCAAGAACCCUGGCAAUUCGAUGCUGCUCCGAUCGUCUUCCGGGAGCUCUCGAUCAAGGGAAGCUACGUGUGCGGCAGGAAGGCAGCAGAGAGGAUGAUAGAAGCGGUGGAAAGGGCGGGGGUGAGGUCGCAUCUCACGACGAUACCAUUUGAAAAGAUCCCAGAAAUUGUAGAAGUAUACAAGGACCCGGCUUUCAAAGGGCGACUUGUGGUUCAGCUGCACGAAGGCAAUUAA